AUGGGUAAUACCGACUCUAAGCAAGCCCUUAAGCAAGGCAUCUUCCGGCUCUCAUCUAGCGACCCGAUAGCAGCCAAUGACCCAUAUUGGAGAGGUUUCUACGACUUCCCGGUCUCAGCUGAUGAUAUCUUCUCGCUAUUCACCAUUACCGAUAUCCGAAGGGCCCGCGAUGCCUCCUUGAAGAACGUAGAGACCCUGCUUCUCAGUCUUACCACCCGCCUCUUCUUGCUCAAGCAGCACAGGAACUUUCCCAAUUCCGACGUCGCUCCAGAAAAACAUGCUCUCAAUUGCAUUCGAGUCUUGACUAGAAUACUGCCUUUCAUCUACGAAGAUGAGAAACUUGAAGUAUGGGAGGAUGCUAUUUUCUGGGAGAAAAGAAGACGGAGGAAGACGGAUAGUCAGAGUGAGGUUUUGUUCCAGGACCCAACCCAAGAGAAGAAUGAGGAAACUGAAGUCGAAGACUACGAGGACAUUAGACCGCUGGGAGAAGAGUUGAUAGAUACCUUGAUAGAUCUUCUCUUCUUUGUUGGUUUCACGGUGCCUACGACCGAUCGGUCCAGGAACAAAGUCACGUAUGCUAUCUGGCAGCCGGGAAUAGGAUGCACGACCGCCAUGAACGCAUCAAAGGAAAUGGAAAGCAAUCGUACCGAAGUCAUGAGACUGCUACUCACCUUGACAAGCAAAUCUUUAUACCAACCUCCACACGUGCUACCCACCAAGGGCGUCAGGGCGCUGACAUAUCUCGCAGCAUGUCCAGACAAGCAGAUAGUUCUAUCGCUGUUGUGCUCGCAACUCAAUACAGUUCUCAACUACAAUGCGGCAAGCUGGAGAGUUCCGUAUGAUCAUGUAGUGUACAAAGACCCCAAACAGCUCCUGGUUACUUACUCCCUCGAAAUCUUGCUUACAAUCAUCGUGUAUCCGUUGCCCGAGAACAGUAAAGGCAUCGUUCCCAAGAAUUAUUUUCGCCAUUUCCUUGGCAGGCUACAUAGGUUGCAAGACUUUGAAUUCAUCGCUGAUGGUAUAGCAAGGGCCUUAAACCAGCCAUUGCAAGUCACCGCGUCCUAUCUUCCAGGAAGCCAAAAGCCGUUGAGUUGGGCUCCUGAAAUGAUUAUGCUUUUUUGGGAGACGCUACAAUGUAACAAACGAUUUCGCUCUUUUAUCAUCGACGGCAAACGACACGAGUACAUGAUCUUGAUGUUAUUUUACGCAUUUGAAUAUAGAUUUGAUGCAGCGAAGCAAGGCGUUGUGCGUAUGUGUGCUUUUGUCCUCCAGACUUUGAGCACCGAAGUCAACUUUGCAAAGCUCCUUAAUGAGGAGCUUGAGGGGCAAGAUUCAUUGCCACCCAUCAUAAGAGUACCGGACUUUCAAGACUCUUAUGCAGACUUUCUCAUCAUUCUUAUGGACUGCCCAGAUAAUCGUGUAUUGACUCAAGGCAUCUUCAAGUAUAGGAAGAAGUUUGAGGCGUUGCGCACUUUCACGUUGGAGAGCGGGCAGGAAGAAAUAGAAAGAUUGGAGCAACGAAAGAAGGAAGCAGCUGCCUUGUCACAACCUACAAGCCCUACACGCCACUCGCGAAACAGUUCAGUCGAUAGCUUGCGAAGUCCGCCUGCAGCUCGUUCCCCUGCUCUGAGUGACGUCCCAGAAAAUGGAGCCUUUGCGAUUGGGGACGACGAGGACUCGGACAAUGAGACGCAUACCACGCCGCCGACGCCACCACAGUCAUCACCAUCACCUCACACAUCUCGGACAACUUCCAUUUCUUCAACUGGGGAGCCGCUACCAGCUCAAUUGCGCGGCAUGUCUGAAAAAGCUCGCGGAAAGAUGCCAGCAGGUCAGCCAUCCUUCUCUCGUCAGAACAGCUCAACAUCCAUUUCCUCCUACCAACUGAACCCAACUACCCCGACGACUCCUGGCAUAUUUGCGCCCACGCCUUCGUGGAUCGAUACAUGGCUGCCAACAUUGCCUUUGCACACAAUACUUACUCUUCUGUCCUAUCCCUCACCUCCUAAAGAAUUGCCGUCGACCAUCGAUCAAAUACCACCUCGAACGCACUUCUUCGAAUGGACGCCACUCUCUCUAGGCUGGUAUGAGAGCCUUCUGUGGGGCUUCAUCUUCCAAGCUGAGAUGGUUGUGCAAAAUGGCACAGUUGGAGUAUGGAAUGGAAGUGGGAUUAGAUUAUUCAAAGUACAACAAGAGGCUGCCAGAGGGCCUAGUCUGAUGAAGCCGAUGGGAGCAGUGGACGCGGUGGGUACCCGCCUUGUCAGUGGUAUUGGAAACCUGAGGUUGAGGGGAGGAGGGGCAGGCGGCGGGAGUGUCACAGGCAACGCCGAGGAGGAUCGGAGACACUCGAGGUCUGGUACCAGGGACGUUUGA